AUGGGAACGAUCAUCUACACGUUCUGCAAGGAAAGAUUUGGAGUUGAGGGAAAGCAGAGGAAUUCUAUGAACAGAAUUAUCCCAAACAGAAGACAGGAUACCAUACAAAGACUCGGACGAGAACUGAAAGGUGUCACACGACAGUAUAGGAAAGCAAGUCGAGAGGAUAGGAUUGCAUCAGCUGCGAGACGAUAUCAGGGAGAACCUGGUAAGACUCAGGAAAGCAGAGCAGGAGGAGAAAGAGCAGUCCGUUUGAAUAAUUCGAUAGCAGAUAUUGAGCAACACCUAAAGGAAGUGCACAGCGAUGGAGAUAGGGACUUUCCACGGAUAGGAGCAGAGGAGCCUUCAGAGUUUCAACUUGACAUCAUGAAACCAACAUGGAAGGAGAUCCAAGAUAUUGUUAAGAAGGCAAGAACUGGAUCAGCUCAUGGCCCAAGUGGAAUUCCAUAUAAAUUGUACAAGAAGUGCCCACGGCUACUGAGGAGACUGGCAGUUACUCAGGAAAGUAUGGAAGAAGGGAAAGAUACCAUCAUGUUGGCAAAAGGCAGAGGGAUGCUUUGUUCCAAAGGAGAGGGACGCAUAAGACAUCGGGCAGUUCAGAACAAUUUCAUUGUUGAGCGUAGAAGAGAGGCCAAGUCAAACCGAGGGAAUCUGACAGUAGUGUGGCUAGACCUGGCUAAUGCAUAUGGAUCAAUACCACAUCAGCUAAUUGAGGAAGGUCUACAACACUACUUUAUCCCAGAACAUAUACGGGGAAUAGUACGAAGCUACUUCAACGGAAUCCAGGAGGUUGUCUCACGGGCAAGGAUGAAAUUCAAGGCAAGGAAAUCGAGAUGUAUGAUAAUGAGGAAGGGACGACUGAAACAACAGUUCAAGCUGAAGGUACAAGGAGAAGAGAUCCCAUCAAUUGAAGACAACUCAAUCAAAUGCCUAGGGAAAUGGUUUGAUGCGUCGCUGAAAGAUACCAGCAAUAUCAGCAGCAUGCAGAAGCAGGCAAUUGAGUGGAUGAGGAAGAUCGACAAGUCGGGCCUGCCAGGAAAGUUCAAGAGAUAG